CAUUUCCUCCUGUUAUACCGCUAUAAAAGAGCGGGAAAUGUGCGAGUGCGGUGUCUGUCAAGGUUAUACCUCGUUAAAGCGCAGCUGAACAAGGACGCCAGACUGCAGCGACACUCGCCGGGAGAAGCAGCAUUAGGCAGAAUGGAGGUUGAUGAAGAUCAAGAUUUCUUCGAGAUCCACGAGGUACGGAUCAAACAUUUGGGAUCGGUGCCCAUUGCAAAAGGAGACUUCCAGCGAUUACCAAUAAAAGUGCAGAGGUUCAUUGCUCAGUCCGUGAAGCUGUGUCGGCCCCGUGGUAUUUAUAUCUGUGAUGGGUCGCACGAGGAGGCAGAGGAAGUCAUCCACAAGUUGCUGGAGAGAGGAACACUGAGUCGGCUAACCAAGUACAAUAACUGUUAUAUCUGCCGCACUGAUCCAGCAGAUGUGGCCAGGGUGGAGUCAAAGACCUGGAUUACCACCAAAGAGAAAUACGACACUGUCCCUCAUGUGAAGGAAGGAGUGAAGGGAAUCAUGGGCCAGUGGAUGUCUCCUGAAGACAUGGCCAAAGAGAUGGACAAGCGGUUCCCUGGCUGUAUGGCAGGUCGUAUGAUGUAUGUCAUCCCAUUCAGCAUGGGCCCCAUAGGCUCUCCUCUCAGUAAAAUCGGCGUCCAGCUGACGGACUCUAACUACGUGCUGCUGUGCAUGAGGAUAAUGACCCGUGUGUCACUUCAUGUGUGGGAGGCGCUCGGUAACGGGGAGUUCGUCCAGUGUCUUCAUUCCAUGGGAUGCCCCAGACCUCAUCAGUUCAAAGUAGUAAACCAUUGGCCAUGUAAUCCGGAGAAGAUCUUGAUUGCACUUCCAGAAGAGCGAAAGGUUGCCUCUUAUGGUAGCGGGUAUGGUGGGAAUUCCCUGCUCGGAAAAAAGUGCUUUGCUCUACGAAUUGCCAGUGCAAUUGCCAGAGAUGAAGGCUGGAUGGCAGAACACAUGUUGAUUAUGGGCAUCACAAAUAAGAAAGGGGAAGAGAAGUUUGUUGCUGCUGCAUUUCCCAGCGCCUGUGGCAAGACCAACCUAGCAAUGAUCCAAGCCACCUUACCCGAGUAUCAGGUCCGCUGUGUGGGUGAUGAUAUAGCCUGGAUGAAGUUUGAUGAGAAUGGCGUCCUCCAUGGCAUCAACCCAGAAGCAGGUUUCUUUGGCGUGGCACCAGGCACUAACUAUAAGACCAACCCCAAUGCCAUGAAGACAUUCCAGAGCAACUCCAUCUUCACUAAUGUGGCUGAGACAGCUGAUGGUGGCUUCUUCUGGGAAGGGAUGGAAGAUGAAGUGGACAAACAUAUUAGCAUCACAACAUGGCUUGGUGAAAAGUGGAGAAUUGGGGACCCAGGAUUGGCAGCCCACCCCAACUCUCGAUUUUGUGCCCCAGCUAGUCAAUGCCCCAUCAUUCACCCCAAGUGGGAGGAUCCUAAAGGGGUGCCAAUCAGUGCCAUCAUUUUUGGUGGGCGUCGACCAACAGGUGUGCCACUGGUGAUAGAAUCUAACAGCUGGGAGCAUGGAGUGAUGCUGGGAGCCUGUGUCAAGUCUGAGGCAACAGCUGCAGCAGAGUUCAAAGGGAAAAAGAUCAUGCAUGAUCCUAUGGCCAUGAGACCUUUCAUGGGUUACAACUUUGGCAAGUACCUGGAUCACUGGCUGGGCCUGAACAGACCUCCUCACAAGAUGCCAAAGAUCUUCCAUGUUAACUGGUUCCGCCUUGACGAGGAUGGUCAGUUCUUGUGGCCUGGAUUUGGUGAGAACAUCCGUGUGCUGGACUGGAUCCUGCGGCGCUGUGACGGCGAGGACAUCGCUGUCCCUUCUCCCAUAGGCCUCCUGCCUAAGAAGGGUUCAAUGAAGCUAGAUGGAUUGGAGAAGCCAGUUGACUGGGACACUCUCUUCAGUGUGCCCAAAGAUUACUGGCUGGAUGACAUCCAUGAGAGUAAGGCAUUCUUCCGUGAUCAGGUUGGCUGCGAUCUUCCCAAGGUCAUUGCAGAGGAACUGAGCAAACAGGAGGAGAGGAUCAAUAAAAUGUAAAAUUCAAAGCCAUCUGACACUUGACACGUUGAUGCCACACUGAUUGUCGAGGUCAUUUAAUGUCUGAGACCAGAUUUUAGCUCAUGUUAUAAGGACCUUGAAAAGUGAAAACAAACGACUGGAAUCACAAGAUUCCUGAAAGAUGAAAUAAAAAUAACUUAAUCAGUGUUGACUUCAGAUAUUGCAUUAUCAGCCUUUGUAAAUCAUACGCAACUUUUGACUCCACAUAAAAUCAGAUGUUGGCUGUUAGCAAAUUUCGCAUUUUUUAUGAAGUAGAGUGAGUGGAGUUUUACAAAACAGCUGUGGUUUUGUAUGUAUGUAUGUAUUUAUAUUGUAAUGUUUGGCAAAGCAUGUAUACAUGCCUGGUUACAAAAUCGUGAGGCAAUCUCAUUAUUACCGCCUACACAGUUGUAGAAGGUUUUGUUCAAACGGUGCCCAUGGCAGGUAUUACACCUGGGAUGUGUAUAAUACAUGUAUUUGUGGAAAGCACUCUUAGAUACUGCUACUUACAAAAUGGCAGCUGUUGGUGGAGUUGGCUACACUGUACGGAGCCAGAAUGAUCAUACUGAAAUUGAAUUUAUGAACAGUCAAUGGAUGAGUUUGUGCAGGGUUGAAAGUUGCUGACUGAUUAAGAUGGGUAGUGAUAAGUUGAGAAACCCCGAGUUAGAACUGGUACACCAGAAACUGCUCAGUCAAUGUUCCAUCUUGUGAUUGUCCACGUAUGUUAUCGUGAUUUGUCUUGUUAAUGUAGGUAGUAGUUUGUAGUUGAAAUAUAACAAUUAUGUUUUGGACUAGGCAUAAUUUACAGUCUCAGUAUUUCAUCACUGUACUUGUGUGUUGUGAAAGUACAGAGAGAUGUUUUAGUAUGGCUGGAUAUUGUCUUGUCAGCUGUAGGGUCAAGUAUUAACAUGAUGUCGUCUUUACUAAUACAUUUGAGAAAGAUCAUUGAAUGGGGUAUUUAGCAUGUUUACUCUUUGUUACAGUAUAAAAGUAGUACCAUUUCAGGGUUAGUUUUGUGUGAAAAUCAGCAAAAAUAUGACUGCACCUGUAUACCGAAUGAGUUUCUCUCACAGUACCAGCACUUCAUGCUGAAUUAAACUAUUUAACCAUUUUCUUUUGCUGCUAGUGCUCUUGUUUGUAAUAAUGUCAUGUUAGUUUACUGAUUAUUGAAAACUAUCAAUGUGUGUGAAUAGAAAAAAUUUUCCAUUUGGUUAGCAUUGUCACAUUUUCCCUGUCCUUUUUACAAUUUCAUCACUUGCGUAUUAUUUAUUUCUUAGGAGGCAAGUCUCUCUCCAAACCCACAUAGGGAUACCUAAGAAUUAUACCAAACAUGAACAAUGAAAGAGAGAGCGGCUGUACCAUCAAAACCGGCAUGUAAUAUGUGCUAUGUGAUGUUAAUGUCUUUUUUUUGUGAAGACUUUGGUGCAUAUUAAACCGUGGUAUACAAGACCAUG